AUAAUGAUUAAUUUCAUUUAACAAAUAGAGUCACAUUUACGAAAACAAAACGUGUGCAUAUCACCAUGGUUAAUGCAUUACUACAGUCGUGCUUAGUGAUAAGCGUAAGAUAAUUAUUAAUAAUAAAUCACGGUUUAAGAUAUUAAACCGUGCUAUAAAUAUUAAGGUCCCCACACACUGCCGCGGUGGCGGUGGCGGUGACCUGAUUUUUUUAUAAGCUUUAAAUUUUUAAAAGUUAUUUCUGAUAAUCUUCACACAAUAUUGUAACCAAAAUUAUAAAUAAUAUAAUUAAUUUUUAUUUGUUCAUUACUAUAUAAUUAUACGAGUAUACGACGUAUAAUGGCCGUAUGGGCUAUAGGAAAAUAAUCAUAUAUUAGAUUGGGUAAUAGAUAUUAUCUAAGCAUUACUCCUUAGGAAGUCAUUAGUAUAGUUAGUAUAGCUAGUAUAGUAGAAUAAUAAUAACUGCAUUGACUGACCCAAAAUAAAAAGGGAAAGAGGAGAAUGUGAGGAACAAGCAUUCCUGUAAGCUGUAAGUAAUUUUAUCUUAUGAUAAGAGCAGUAAUUGCUUAAAUGCGAACCUAUACCAUAGUUGCAUACCACGUUCAACUGUCGAAGGUGCGUGUUUAAAAAGUUUAAAUUAAAACACAUAAUAUUCGUGUAUCCAUUACAACGUACAAAUAUACAAUGGACGUAUAUUUAUCAUCAGAAUCAGAAGAUGACGAAAUUUUACUUUUGGCAGCAAUAGUGGCAGAUGAUGAAGAACGUAAAAGAAAGAAAAAAAGAAAAUGUUGGGUUCAUAGUGUUAAUAAGGAACGAGAGAUAUCUGGAGAGUAUUGUACUCUAAUGCCUGAAUUAAGAAAGGACCCAGAAAGGUUUCACAUAUAUUUUAGAAUGACUCCCGAGUGUUUCGAUCAAAUUUUGGGAUGGAUUAUCGAUGACAUUCAAAAAAUGCCAACAAACUUUCGUAAUCCAAUACCACCAUCGGAACGGCUAGCGAUUUCACUAAGGAAAUAAUUGACUCAACCGGAUUUCGAGUACUGUGGCGGUGCCUGGCGGUAUUUAUGUUAACUAAAAUAGUGCCGUCGAAAAAUAAGCCACUUUUUUCACGGAGUGUUAUCACCUUCUCUUCUCUACAUCGUGCGUAAUAUUAUAAUUAUAAAAAUAUGAAAACUGGCAAACUGCACACCAUUACAAUAUCUAUCAUCUAUGGCAACAGCCAAUCAUCGUCACUCACCGGCGACGAUUCACAAUUCUAAUAAUUUCAUUGAACAAAAGAGAAAUGUGUAUGGCAACAAUAAACAUUUACUCACAUAUUUCAUUCUACUCAAUUUUUAUAAAAAAAUAUCGAUUUUUUCAAUUCGGAUUUAGAUGAAGGAAGAAGUUCCUCGAUAUGGCAUCUGCACUCAAGAUAUGACGCCUUGCAGCUAUAUAUUACCCGAACUCCGAAGAGUCGAUGUAUACGUAAGUUUGAUUACUUAUUCUUUUGGGGCUUAAAUAUUUUCCUUUUUGUCUCAAAAAUCAAAUUUAAAAUUUGAUUUGCUAUCCGGGUGAAGUAGGGGCAUAUAUUUUAUCCCCGAGCGCGCAACACAAAAAAUACGGUAUCACAAACGACGACGGCAUAUCCAGGUCGCAGAAUAAUAUUCUUAAAAUUAAAAAGAUAUAAUAAGCAGUGUUAUCCAUACUAGUCAUAUUACAAUAGUACACUACACGGUAGUUUUUAUGUCCCGCAAAAUUCAACAAUUUUUAAUUUUUAGCUCAUAACACGGAAAACAUUGAUAAAAAUUUGUUAUGGGUUUUAUCAUAUUGACGUAGUAUAAA